GCUUCAAAGUGUUUCAAUUCUGUAUAUUCAAGCAAACAAGAAAGCGUCAACGAUUCCAGUCUUUACCCACAUCCCUCGAUUGUGCUGAUGCACCCAAUCAUUAUACUCCCGUCAGGCUGAGACUCGCUUACCCUCCUUCUUGUAGACGAGGCUCUACCCCGCAAAGUGAGGUGCCUUAUCUGCAGCCAGCUUCGUUCCGACAUGCGUCUUCUCCAUGCAAGUACAAUUAGUCUGGAAGAGAUUUCCGAGAACAAGAUACCGCCUUAUGCCAUUCUUUCACAUACAUGGGAGAACGAUGAAGUCUCCUUCCAGGAUAUGGAAGGCGGAAGCCCUACGGAGAAAGAAGGAUACUCGAAAGUCAAAUUCGCAUGCCAACAGGCUCUAUCUGAGAGUCUAGAAUACGUUUGGGUCGAUACCUGUUGUAUAGAUAAGAGCAGCAGUUCUGAGCUUUCCGAAGCAAUCAACUCGAUGUUCACAUGGUAUCGGAACGCCGAGUCGUGCUACGCUUAUUUGGUCGAUGUGCCAUCAACCGAUGAUCCGAGGGCAAUGAACUCGGCCUUUCGCGCAAGUCGGUGGUUUACACGAGGAUGGACUCUUCAAGAGCUGAUUGCGCCGCUCAAUGUUCGCUUCUAUUCGAAAGACUGGAGUUAUCUCGGAUCGAAAGGUGCUUUAAGUCCAGUGAUUACUGAGAUAACCGAUAUCGACAGUGUCAGUCUCAGCGGUGGUGACUUACGUCGCUCAAGUAUCGCAAAACGAAUGUCAUGGGCGUCAAAAAGAGUCACGACAAGGAAGGAAGACAUGGCAUACUGCCUUCUCGGUAUCUUUGACGUGAACAUGUCCAUGUUAUACGGCGAAGGAGAGAAGGCCUUCAUCAGGUUGCAGGAAGAAAUCAUCAAAGAGUCAGACGAUCAAUCGAUCUUUGCUUGGGAGCUCGACAAGCCUCAAGCGAACCGCGAUCUUGGAGUCUUAGCUCGAACACCCGCUUACUUUGCCUCGUCAGGCGAUAUCUUGCCUUGCAAACCGUGGAAUACGGCAUUUCCUCCAUCAAUGACCAGCAAGGGUCUGAGAAUCGAGCUUCCUAUCUACUACGAGAAGUCAGAUCCGGAGCAAAAUGAACCAUACGGCAUUCUCAGCUGUCAUCUGGAGAACGACCUCUUCAGACUUAUGGCAUUACCACUUUGCAAAGCACAAACCUCGAAUCACGAGUUCACGCGGUCCGGGUCAGGUAACCUGAUACAAGUCCUAGAGAGAACCAGUAAAAGUCUCGAGCUAAACACAAUCUAUAUCCACAAGCUGCCUCCUCGCUUCGAAGACAAUCGACGAGAUAGCUUCGUGAUCAGAAGUCUGUCUGGCUUCGUCAGAGGCAACCGCUACCGUCUUGUCGAAGUCUAUCCCCCACAGAUCUGGAACGAAUCGCGCAGAGUAAUCUCCACUCGCUCAAGUUACGGCGAUCUGAUAGAAACAUUUGCCCUGAUGCAUUUCUCAUCCGACUCCGAGCCCGAUUUCCUGGUUGUUGUUGAAUACAUGCCCCGAGAAUACUACGGAUCCAUCGGUUCUGUGGACAUCGAAGAUCCAAGAGCGCAUUGCCAUCUGAAGUCUAAGCCUAAAGGUGUAACGUUGGCCCAGCUCCAUAAAUCGCAAUUAUUUUAUGUUUCGAAAGACGGAGACGUUGAGCCUUUGAUAUCGACGAAGCUGCCAACGCCAGAAGUCGUCAAAGGGAUCGGGUUGACGUUGAAGAAGGAAGAGGUGAUGGGUGUAGAGAUGUUUGUGCUUGAUAUUGAGUUGGAGAGUUCGUCUCGCACCUCAUCGCGGGCGAAUUCUGGGAAUGUGCAUACGUCGUGGCCGGUGUUGACAACAGAUUAGUAUUGGCCGACAUUUGUUUAAUUAUGAUUGUGACAUAGGAUCUCUUUUGGGGUAAGGCGCAUGUAUGGGUUUUCAGGUGUAAAUGGCGGUGGUGGUAGGUUUCAUGUCCUGGUGUGGCAUUUUGAUGUUAAUAAGUUUCCAAAUGAAAGACUCAAAGUAGAUAACUGCUU